CUGCACCAGUUACAGUCUUGUUACAUUCACUAACCCAAAAUCACUUUAGAAGCUUACUCCUUUGCGUCUCAAUCAAGUCAUUAGAAUCAUACACUAGACUCGACCUAAUUCAUUUUAACCAUGCAAUCAAACUCGAGAGAUACUCAGCAAAUUAUGGAACGACCUUUCAACCUCAUCAUCGAUGGUCACACUGCACCAAUGCGCUAUGAAAACAUUACGGAUAUGGAUCUUACUGAACCACUCAACUGUAAAGAACCCACUCAUCACAUCUCUGUUGACGAUGACGUCAAAAAUGCUACUUUCUAUGACCAUUGUCUAACAGGAAAAACUGAUAGCGCAGUUUAUUCUCAUAGCGAUCAACCUCUCUUUUCCCAUUUAAAUGGUAAGAACAUGGAAGAGCCCGAGGUUGAUGGUGAAACAAGUAUUUUGGAUAUCAUACAGGACGUCGUUAUUGGACUAUCAGAUGGGUUAACUGUACCCUUUGCACUGGCAGCAGGACUCGCCGCACUUGACAACUCUAAGCUAGUUGUUCUUGCUGGUUUGGCUGAAAUCUGUGCUGGUGCCAUUUCCAUGGGUCUUGGUGGAUACCUCUCUGGCCUCUCUGAACAAGAAUAUUUUGAUAACCAGCGUGAUGCUCGUGCCCUUGAAAUCAAAGCCGAUCCUGCACAUCACUGGAGCGAAAUCUAUAACGUAUUCAAACCAUUUGGUAUUUCUCGCAAGGCUGCCCAGCCUUUAAUUGAGGAGCUUUCUAUGGAUGGAACUACGUUUUUGGAUUUUGUAAUGAAAUUUGACCUUGGACUCGAUAAACCAUCAAAAUGGCGUGCAUUUGUGAGUCAUUUGUGCAUGCCUUGCAUAUUGUCACAUACAAGUGCACUGACCAUCGGAAGCUCGUAUUUUUGUGCCGGUCUUAUUCCUUUGGCACCAUACAUGUUUUUUAGCUCUGCUAAAUUUGCUCUCCGUAUAUCAAUAGGUGUAACCAUCACAGCCUUGUUCUUCUUUGGGUUAUUCAAGGCAAUCGCACUCUCAUCAAAACAACCACUGUAUAGCGCUAUUCAGAUGGUUUUCAUUGGUGGACUGGCAGCUCUAUCAGCAUACACAGUCGCAUCCCUUAUGCCAAUAGUAUAACUUCAUAUCCAUCAAAGUACAUUCAGAACAUCCUUUGCUUCCCCUAUCCAUCACUCGAUAUAAAGACUUUUCCAAAGCAGACCUUUGCAGCCGUAUUCACGUAAAAUUGAUUACUUGUAUUUAUCUUGCAUUAACUGCCACUUUUUGAAAUAAACAAUAGUUGAAU